AUGGCUACCUGUAUAAGAAAAAUCCUUGUAAAUCGGCUGGAUGAUGUUAUAGAGAAUGUAGACUUCGAUAAAUUCUCUAAUGGUAUUAUUUCUGUAAACAAAGAUAAAUUUAAUAAGUCAAUUUUAGAAUCAAUUGUCAAAAAUGGACCAAUUUACAACAAAGGUGACUUAGAUAUUGAGAAGAAAAAAAUUGUGGUUGAGUUUAGUUCACCAAACAUAGCCAAACCUUUCCACGUUGGUCAUCUACACUCUACAGUAUUAGGCAAUUGUUUGUCUAACCUUUAUAAAACAUUUAACCAUGAUGUUGUUCGACUGAAUUAUCUAGGAGAUCAUGGUUUACAAGUUGUUUUGUUGUGUGUGGCAUUUCAAAGAUAUGGUAGUGAAGAAAAAUUACAAGCAGAUCCAUUAAAGCAUUUAUAUGAGGUGUACGUUGAAAUUCACAAUAAAAUAGAUGAGGAAGCAGGUGGAGAUGAUGGCAGAUUAACUCCUACAUAUACAGAAACUAAAGAACUUUAUCAAAGAAUUGAUAGUGGAGAAAGAGUAGAAGAAUUUGAAACAUUAUGGAAGAGAUUGUGUGAUAUAUCUCGAUCAGAAUAUGAUAAAAUGUACAAGAGAUUAGGAAUUGAAUUUGAUGAAACACAUACUGAGUCUAUGUAUAGAGAGAGAGCUCGACAGUUAGUAAAAGACCUCAAUGAACAAGGCAAGCUAAAGGAAAGGAACGGUAUGGGUGCUCUUGUGUCUCAAAAAGGUGAUAAGGAAUAUACAAUAUAUAUUAAGAAGAGUGACGGUUCAUCCUUAUAUUUAACAAGAGACAUAGUAGCAGCUGUAGAUAGAUAUGAAAAAUAUAAUUUUGAUAAAAUUCAUUAUGUGGUUAGUGAAGAUCAAGCAGCACAUUUUAGAAAUCUUUACAUAAGUUUAAAUAUGUUAUAUCCAGAUAUUUUGCAGAACAUACAAAAACACGAGUUUCACCUCAUGUUUGGUAAAAUAUUUGGUAUCAGUACAAGAAAGGGUAACGCAGUAUUUUUAGAAGAGGUGUUGAAUACAGCCAAGAAUGAAGCUCGAAAGAUUAUCGAAUCUUCUGAAACUACUAAAAUCAACAUGGAUGAAUUUGACAAAAUUGCUGAUCAUCUUGCAUUAUCAUCAGUAGUUGUUCAAUACUUAUCAUCAUCAAGACGAAGAAGCUAUGAUUUUAAUUUGGAAAAGUUUGUGAAUUUAAAAGCAGAUUCUGGCUUAUUUUUACAGUAUUGUCAUGCCAGAUUAUACAGUUUAAAGAAAGAGAUGAAAAUAGAUGAUAUAGAGACAAUAGAUUAUAAAUUAUUACCAGAAGAGAAGGCUUGUUUCCUGAUAUUCCAAUUAUCAAGAUAUCCAGAUGUUCUUCAACUUGCAUUAGAUAAGUAUCAACCUCAUACAUUGGUCCAAUAUCUUUUUGUAUUAGGUCAUGCAAUAAAUUCAGCUUAUGCUGAACUGAAGGUUAAUGGUCAAGACAAAGGGACAAUGGAGGCCCGGCUAGGACUGUUCAAUUGUGCUCGUGAAACAUUGGCUCAUGGACUCAGAAUAUUAGGGCUUGAACCUUUAAAUGAAUUAUAG